AUGAGGACUCUUAAGCUUCAACUCGACUACGUUCUGGCGAGGAACAUUCCUCAGUCAGAUAUCCGAAAAUCUAGAGCUGUUUGGGACGUCGUGUUCGACUCUGACCAUCGUUCAGUUCUUCGCAGCUUCAAGAUGCGGUCCCACAAGAGAAACCGAGGUUCCUCUUCAUCCGAAAAUCGACAUGGCAGGACUGAAAGACGAAGAAUGCAGAACGAAAUUUCGCGUAUGUCUAUUCGUGUUCGAGUACAUAUCUGGAAGAAGCUUAGCGAUGCGGAUUCCUUCACAAAGUGCAUCCAGGACGCUGCAAGGGAAACGCUCCCUAUUCUAUUGCCGCUGAAGAAGUUUGCCUUUGCAUCUGCGGAAACAAAAUCCAUGUACAAUUCUGUAUGUGUCGCGCGCAGCACUGGUGACUUCAACCAGGACAUGCGUCUUAGAAGGAAGCUGCGUCGUCAAUUGCAACAAGACCGCGAUAACGAGUGGACGUCAGGAACGAAGGAGUUUGAAAAGGCUUGGGAGGAUAAGAACCCGCGGAAAGCCUAUGUUUUACUAAAACAGUAUAGCGGCAAAAUUAAAAUAUGUUGUCCUGUCCUGCCGAAGAAGUAA